GGAGACUUCUGGGAGCGCGGCACGUCUGGUGACGUCAUGAGAAGGCGCCUCCUUGUUGCCGGAAGUGGUUUGGAGCUAUGCUCCCCGUGAUGUGCUGAUCAGAGCGAUUUAUCCUGUAGGAUGGCCAGUCCAUUGCGAGGAGAGGUCGUGAAGCUGUACAAGAAUCUUCUCUUCUUGGGACGGGAAUACCCAAAAGGCGAAGUUUUCUUCAAGGAACGGUUGAAGAAAGCCUUCAUGAAGAAUAAAGACGUCAGCGACCCUGAGAAGAUCCGGGAGCUCAUCGCUCGGGGGGAAUUUGUCAUUAAAGAGGUGGAAGCGUUAUAUUAUCUGCGCAAGUACCGGGCAAUGAAGCAGCGAUAUUACGAGGACAGCCCAGGGUCCUAGCACCUCAAAGAAAAGAGCAGCAUCACCUCACUGAAGGUUAGGUUACUCAGUGAUACUUACACUGGGGAGGAACAGAAUGGGAAAGAAAAUAUUUUUGUGCCUUACAUUACGCAGCUCACACACCAGGGCAGAUUUACUGGAUUGUGCUUAAUGAGAAA